UUCUUAAAAAGUAAAAAAAAAAUGUCCGACUGUCAAUUUUGUUCGGCAAAUAUAUCAUAACAUUAUUGGUAUUUAAAAAAUAAACAUUUUAUGCAAUUAAAUAUGCCUCUCAAUCUACAAGGAGUAAGGCAGUACCUUAGUGAACUUAGAAAUUCUGGCGGACUUCACAAAGAUCAGGCAGAAAAGUACCGCAAUGUUCUCAUGGAAAUUUUGAAGAACCCUGAGGGAGAAUUAGCCGAAUGUCUGAAAGCUUUUGUGGAAGCAAUUGUGAACGAGAAUGUAAGCCUGGUUAUAUCUCGACAACUACUCACGGAUGUCAGCACACACUUGGCUCUGCUGGCUGAUAAUGUUUCACAGGAAGUUUCCCAUUUUGCUUUAGAUGUUAUACAACCAAGAGUGAUAUCUUUUGAAGAACAGGUGGCCAGCAUCAGACAGCACUUGGCAGAUAUUUAUGAACGUAACCAAAACUGGAAGGAAGCUGCCAAUGUGCUGGUGGGGAUCCCUCUGGAGACUGGUCAAAAACAAUACUCAGUGGACUACAAAUUAGAAACAUACUUGAAGAUAGCUAGACUGUACCUAGAGGUGGAUGACCCCGUGCAGGCAGAGGCCUUCGUCAACAGAGCCUCCCUGUUGCAAGCGGAGACCACCAAUGAACAGCUGCAGAUCUACUACAAAGUGUGCUAUGCUAGGGUUUUAGAUUAUAGGAGAAAAUUCAUCGAAGCCGCUCAAAGAUACAAUGAGCUCUCUUACAGAAAUAUUAUACAUGAAGAUGAAAGGAUGACUUGCUUGAGGAAUGCUCUUAUAUGUACUGUGCUAGCAUCUGCAGGUCAACAAAGAUCGCGAAUGUUAGCUACUUUAUUCAAAGAUGAGCGCUGUCAGCAGCUACCAGCAUAUUCAAUUCUAGAAAAGAUGUACUUAGACAGAAUAAUUCGUCGCUCAGAGCUGCACGAGUUUGAAGCACUCAUGCAGACUCACCAGAAGGUGUGGAACAUCAGAAAUCAUUUAUUUAACGCGACGACAUCAGACGGGACCACGAUACUGGACCGCGCCGUGUUCGAGCACAACCUGCUGUCGGCGAGCAAGCUGUACAACAACAUCACAUUCGAGGAGCUCGGCGCGCUCCUGGAGACUCCGCCCGCGAAGGCCGAGCGCAUCGCCAGCCACAUGAUCAGCGAGGGCCGCAUGAACGGGUACAUCGAUCAGAUCAGCUCCGUCGUGCAUUUCGAAACACGCGAGAUCCUACCGCAGUGGGACAAGCAGAUCCAGUCGCUAUGCUACCAGGUGAACAGCCUCAUCGAGCAGAUCGCCGCCGCCGAGCCAGAGUGGAUGGCCAAGCUCAUGGAGGAAGAGAUGAUCCAGUAAUGUGUCAACACGUUGUAACGAUUUUUCAAAUAAAGCCCAAAUAUUUAUCAAA